CCCCCCCCCCCCCAACAGUCCAGGACCGCGUUUGACCGAAGAAGACACUGGAAGGAAGAAGAGUUUGGACUGGGUUGAAAUAUGAAACUGGGCAUGACGGUGCGGGCCAAGCUGAGGGUGUAGCCACAUCUGGCAGAGACUGCUGAAGUAAGCAGGAGCCUCGGCACACCAAACCAUCUACUGCAGCGGGGAAGAUGGGAGAGACAGAGGAGGAGAGGAAUAAUGUGGGAAAGCUGUUUGAGAACUUCGUCCAGGCCUCAACCUGUAAGGGAGCCCUUCAGGCCUUCAACAUCCUCUGUAGGAGGCUGGACCUCAACCCUGCAGAGAAUGACACCUUCUACAGCAGACUGAAAGCUAAGGCCACGUCUUGGAAGGCCAAAGCACUAUGGAGUAAGCUAGACAAAAGGAUGUCACAUAAGGAGUACAAGAAAGGCCAAGCCUGUGUGGGCACCAAGUGCCUCAUCAUCGGAGGAGGCCCCUGUGGCUUGCGAACAGCCAUUGAGCUCGCUUUGAUGGGUGCCAAAGUGGUGGUGAUCGAGAAGAGAGACUCCUUCUCCAGGAACAACGUGCUGCACCUUUGGCCCUACACCAUUCAUGACCUACGGGGCCUCGGGGCCAAAAAGUUUUAUGGCAAAUUCUGCGCCGGGGCCAUAGACCACAUCAGCAUUCAGAAGCUGCAGCUGGUCCUAUUGAAGGUCGCCCUGAUUGUUGCAGUUGAGUUUCACAUCAAUGUGGAGUUUGUCAAGCUGUUGGAGCCUCCAGAGGAUCAGGAAAAUGAAGAACUUGGAUGGAGGGCUUCAAUCCGACCUGCUGAUCACCCGGUGGCAAACUUUGAGUUUGAUGUUGUGGUGGGAGCUGACGGACGCAGGAAUACUCUGGAAGGUUUCAAGCGGAAGGAGUUCAGGGGGAAGCUGGCGAUCGCCAUCACAGCCAACUUUAUCAACAGGAACACCACUGCAGAGGCAAAAGUAGAAGAGAUCAGCGGCGUUGCCUUCAUCUUCAACCAAAAGUUCUUUCUUGACCUCAAAGAGGAGACAGGUAUCGAUCUGGAGAACAUUGUGUACUACAAAGACAACACACACUACUUUGUCAUGACUGCCAAAAAACAGAGCCUGCUGGACAAGGGAGUUGUCAUUAAUGAUUACAUAGACACCCAGAUGCUGCUGAGCAGUGAGAAUGUCAACCAGGAUGCUCUUCUGUGCUACGCCCGAGAGGCUGCUGACUUUGGCACCAACUACCAACUUCCCACUUUGGAUUUCGCCAUGAACCACUGCGGGCAGCCAGAUGUAGCAAUGUUUGACUUCACGAGCAUGUACGCCUCCGAGAACGCUGCUCUGGUCAGGGAGAGAUUUGGACACCAGCUGCUGGUAGCACUGGUUGGCGACAGUCUGUUAGAGCCCUUCUGGCCCAUGGGAACAGGUUGCGCCAGAGGCUUCCUGGCUGCCUUUGACACGGCCUGGAUGGUAAAGAGCUGGGCUCAGGGUAGGACGGCUGUGGAAGUGCUGGCAGAGAGGGAGAGUAUUUACAGGCUACUUCCACAGACAACAACUGAAAACAUUGGCAAAAACUUUGACCAGUACACCAUUGACCCUGGGACUCGAUACCCCAACCUCAACUCCUCUUGUGUCAGGCCACACCAGGUGCGUCACUUAUACAUCAGGGGAGAGGUGAAUUCCUGCUCUCUGGAGCGUGCUGCUACCAUACGUCGGCCUGUGAAUCUCUGCAGACGAGAGUCAGAGAUCAGACCUGCGAGGCUUCUUACCUGGUGCCAGAAACAGACAGAGGGCUACAAGAAUGUGAUGAUUACAGACUUGACGUCUUCUUGGAAAAGUGGCGUCGCCCUCUGCGCCCUUAUCCACAGGUUCAAACCCCAGCUGAUAGAUUUUGACUCUUUAAAAGAACAAGAUCACUGUACAAACCUGCAGCUGGCUUUUGACAUCAGUGAGCGUGAAUUUGGGAUCGGACCAUUCCCAUCUGCGAAGGAGCUGAGUGACGAUCAGGCGCUGGAUAAGACCAGGAUGAUCACCUACCUGUCCAAGUUCUACGAGCUGUUCCGGGGCACACCUCUACUUGCCUCAGGUUCCAGAGGACUGGAUGAAAACAAUGAAGAUUAUCCAUCUAAGGAAGUCAGAAGUAAUAAUAAUGUGCUCAAUCUUGCGCUUCCCAGGAAACGGGUACCAAAGGAUGAAAAGAAAUCCGACAGUAUAGAUCCAAUUUACAAAAGGAGGCGGAAGUUCAGCAGUUACCUGGAGGAGGCCACCAAUCUGUCAAGUAAUGGCUCUGCAGUGCAAGAGGACCAAGAGCCCAAGGAAAACAAAGUGCGCUCAAUGGCUACUCAGUUGCUGGCCAAGUUUGAAAGCACUCCAAGCUCCACCAUCCGGAAAACACAGCCCUUCCCACUGCAGACUGUGGAGCUGGCUGAGAGUCUGCACAUUAAACUCAGGCCUCCAGUCCCACCUAAACCUCCUUCAGAAAUGCAGUUUGAAGUCAGUAUCAGAAAAGCAGCAGAACACUUAGUGCGCCAGCCUCCCAAGACGCUGCCCAAACCUCAGCUCCAGCCUGAUGUCCAGCAUCUGUUUUCUAUAGUAAAGCUCAGACAUGUUGAUCAAACGCACAUUGAAACAAAGCCCCAGCCUCAUCCCGAGAGUGAAGACCCUCCUGCUUCUUCUCCCUCUUGCCACUCAGCAAUCCAUUUCAUGUCAAGAGUCCUCCAGCGCCUCAGGGAGGUGGAUGCACAUGUCUCUGAGAAAAAAGCUCAGACACAACAGGCUAGAGAGUUUCACACAAAGAGUAUAAAGGAAAAAGCUGUUCACCUUAGAGGGUUGUUCUCAGCAGACAGCUCUGCUGGUCUCAAGGGUGGCUCACUACGAAGGGCGUUCCCCCCGUCAGGUGACCAGUGUCACUCAUGCGAGAGACGUGUUUAUAUGGUGGAGAGGGUCUGUGCCGAGGGGCUCUACUUCCACAGAGAGUGUUUCCGCUGUUCUACCUGCACCUCUGCCCUGCGACAGGGAGCACAUGCCUUCGACUCUGAACAGGGAAAAUUGUACUGCAAACUUCACUUUGAGCAACGCAACAGUGGGACAAAACUACAGAGGACUUUUUCUGCACGCUCAAAUCGCUCUGGAGGUGGAGUUCAGGAGCGAUGUGCUGAUGACAGACAGAGCUCAGAGUCCAGCAGCACAGCAGACCUGCACAGUCAACCCUCAGCAGGUACCUUCAGCUCGUUCAUGAGGAAACACCUGAGCUGGCCCCUGAGUGUGACUCGCGCUGUGUGUAACACCCCCUGGUAUCUGUCCCAUUGUGUGCGUGGUACAGCACAGGCCCUCAGCGGCCACCUCAGGGACAAUGCCCAGGACUAUGCAUUACUGUAUGAGCUACUGAGCAUGAGCUUACCCCUGCUGCUUGUCUUACAAGAGGUACUGCUACAGAUGUACACAGAGGCUGUGUCUGACGGGCCCAGCUGUCUACAGCCUCUGUUGCUGUGGCUGCAGGAGCAUAUUGGGCACAGGCUCAUCUAGACGCUCAGUAGCCCUAGGCUGUCAAUAUUUGACUUCAAAUGCCAUUAAAUCUGUGGCUGAGGUGCACAUGAGCAGGAGUUUUCGUGUCAAAAUAUAAUUUGUAGCUGUGCACAAGCACCUUUUGUAAUGUUUACUUGCCUUUUUAUGAUGAUACUGCUCAGUGUCUUGGAUGUAGUGUACUUGUGCAUCAGCCAAAGAAGAGUCACUGUAGGUUGCUCAUGCAAUUUGUUGCGGUUUACCACAGGGGUUAUUAAAAGCUGCACCAAAUAUGUUUGCAGUGGGUUUGGUGUGGAAACUACAUUAUUCGUAAGGGAUACAUUAACUUAAACAAAUAAGGCAAUUAAAAUGAAAAUAAAACAGGCCACAGUCGGUGCGUUAAAGACUUGAGACUGCUGAAAUCACCUUUGCUGUAAAAGUCUAUCUUUUACAAACUGUCUGAGAAAAUGCACCCUGCAGUUAAUAUAGCUCAACUCAGGUUAUGAAUGACUAACUUAAUGCACUUUAUCUUUGAGAACUGCCGUGCCGGCGCACCGGUAAACUGUCACAUUAUAAAACCCAGUUCUCGUGUUAACAAUGCUGGCCACCAGACAGGUUUUCUUUUGACUAUGCAUAUGUGCUCCCGCCAUAUGUGUUUUUCUUUGAUUAUAUAUAGUAUGUGUGUUUUAUGUAAACAUGUCAACAAUUUGUUCAUUGUUUAUUUUAUACUCUGACUCAGUUUACCUUCAUUAAAUGUUAACACACCAAAGAAACUCAGUAUUUAGUUCUACUUUGCUGCCAUCUACUGUGGACUCAGAAUGAGAUGCCCCACCCCUUUGUUUGUGAACCUCCCUGUAUACCUUUACCGGCAGUUCCGUUUUAAAUUGAUUUGAUGAUGUUUUGAGUUAUGAAAUAUUUUUUGAUUUACUGUUGACAAUAGAAGCUGGUGAGCAUGCUGUGAUGUGUUUGAUUGUGCUUGCCUUUCUUGCCAUCAUUUUAAAGCACGUUGUUGGAAGACAAGUUGCUACCCAUUCAGAAACACUAUCUAAUGAUGCCUAUGAAGCCUUUUCAGAGUUUCAUAGUUUUUUUGUUUUGUUUAUAAACUAUUUGAAAAAUAUAUUUGCGAAGGCUUCAGGCAUUAUUUUGUGUUUACAGCAUGAUGUGCGGGAUAUGCAAGAUGAUUUUUAUGUUUUUUUUGUCAGCUACCUAAUAUUUCAUGUUAGAUUACUGAAUUUGCAGCAUGUAAUACUAGCUAGUAUUUUUUAAAUACCAAAGAACUUUUUCUCAUCACACUGACUGGACUUGUGGAACAUUUAUCUGUAUGGCAAGACGACAAUCAUCAACAUGUGUUAUGUUGCCAGCAUACAAAUAUCGUCUUCAUUCUGAAUGUCAGUAUUCUGCUUUGUUUUUAUAAACAUUUUCUAUUUUUGUGCUUUCAGCUGUAUUUGUGUCUGUAUGUUCUCUGUGUUUUAGAUCAUGUUUUUUUUUUCCUCUCGUUCAGCUGAAGCCUUUUAUGAAGUGAGUGAGCCAGCAGGAUGGUUAAGAGAAAUGACAUUUUGAAGGUGAUCACCUGCAUGGUCACGUUGUGUUGUGGCUGCAAAUACUGACGAUAAAUAACUGACCCAAAGUGUCUCAUAUGACUUAACCUUGCUGAAGUGAUUGAAGAGGUUUGAUUGUGUGAUGCAGAGUUUUGACUAAACUAAAAUUAUGACUAA